AUGGCGGAUAAGGUUAACUUGGCAACAAUUCAACAGUGGAUCCCAGGCCUGACAAGUUAUCGGUUUAAGGUCGCCAGGCAGCAUGCUGUAGUCUAUGGCAGUGGAAAACUGGUGCCAACCAAUGCACAAACGAAGUCAUUCAUACCUGAAGCAAAAUUAGCGCAUUUCCUAGACUUUAUCACAAGCUCCCAUGUAAUUCAAGAUCUUCCAUUCGGAGCCAAGACAAUAACAUUGUCAACUAACGAGGUCAUCCAAGUUCCAAAUGUGGUACGGAACAUGAUACCUGAACGAAUCGUUUGCCAGUACCAAAAAUAUUCUGCCGAGCAUGAUUUCACACCCAUGAGUCGCAGUACUCUGCUAAGAAUUCUGCAUGUUUGUUCCGCUUCGACUCGCAAGUCAUUGCAAGGGUUAGAUUACGUAAGCUGUUCUGGUGCGCAGGCAUUUGAAGAUCUUGUGAACGUUGUGCACCAGCUCGGGGAAAACGGAAUGGGUCUUACAUGGGCAAAAACACAAAAGGAAGCUUUAAAAGAGGCAAAGCGGUACCUCAAGACUGAUUUCAAGGUUCACGUAUCAGAGAGUUCAAGUAUUCCAGAUCAUUGCAUCGUUUUUGCUCUCAGCGACCCUAAAGAUGUUGACUACCAGGCUACAUGUGCCCAUGAUCAUAGCGACGUUUGUGGUCAGUGUAAUUCCCUUGCCGUUACUAUAGAGGAGAUAGACAAAGCAAUCGAGAUGAUGGCGGUGAAUCUUGAACAUCUUUCCAAAGGCCAAAUACACGAAGAGCUCGCAUUCAUGACCGAGAAAGCAAAACGUGAUAUAAUUGCCUGGAAAUCUCAUUUGUUGCGUUCGGUGAACCAAGAUAAAGCAAGACUAGACAUCCUCCGAGACUUGGACGACGCAUCGGUUCUACUUGUACAAGAUUGGGCCAUGAAGUUUAUUCCUCGAAAAUAUCGUGAAAGCCAACGCGAUUGGUUUGGGAAACGGGGAAUUCCUUGGCACGUGUCUGUCGCCAUGAGAAAGGAAAGCACAAGUAAUGCUGGAAAGUACGAAACCCUUACCAUGUGCCAUGUCUUCAGAAGCUGCAGUCAAAACAGCUGUGCGGUACUGUCCGUCAUGUCUGACGUACUCAAAGAUUUAAAGGACGUCAUGCCACACCUACAGCGAGUAUACUAUUGGCAGGACAACGCCGGGUGUUACCAUCGUGGUAACACAAUCAGCCUUGCUCAGAUGGUUGGUAAACAUCACGGCGUGACUGUGAAGCGCAUGGAUUUUUGCGAUCCUCAAGGAGGAAAAGGGGCUUGCGACAGAAGGUCCGCAGCCAUAAAAUCCCACAUGAAGAUUUACCUGAAUUCCGGAAACAACAUUGAAACGUCAGAAGAAAUGAAAGAAGCCAUUUUGUCAGCCGGUGGAAUGUCCUCAGUGAGGGUGACUUCGUGUGGACCCCCAAAAGCUCCAGCUUCUUUGAACAUCAAGCUUGAUGGAGUGGGUUCAAUUUCGAAUAUACAGUACGAUGACAAGGGAUUGCGAGUUUGGAGAGCAUACAGAAUUGGCAGAGGGAAAUACACUCCUUGGGAUAAGCUGAACGUCUCGGAAAAUUCGGAAGUUCCGUACUUAACGGACGUAAAUAAGGAAGGCGUCACGGCGAGUUUUGCUCCUGUAAAAUCCAAGCGUAAAGAUACUGUUCCGAGACAGGAGAGCGAGGAAGAUAGUUCCUGUGAAAACUCGAGUAACGAAACAGAAACGGAAACCUCCAACGCUCGUCUUUUUUCAUGUCCGGAAGAGGGAUGUAUCAAAUGUUACCAACGUUACUCGAAUCUGCAGCAACACCUAGACUCCGGAAAACACACACGUGCUCUCGAACGAGAACCACUCCUAGACCAAGCUGUUUAUGGAUAUGCGGAGAGACUGGAGGUUCAAACGGUGGGCGUCCCCUGUGUACGAAAUGUUCAGGAAGUGCCAAAACAAGUGCCACUACAGUCUACUCUCCCUAUGGGCUGGGCAUUAAGAUCAUCCCAGAACCGAAGAACACGUUUUAAUGUAAAGCAGAAAGGGUACCUAUCCACAAAGUUCAAUAUUGGUGAGACCACGGGACGCAAAGCUGACCCAGUAGUUGUUGCAAAAGAAAUGAUGCACGCCAGAGGAAAUGACGGAGAACGCUUAUUCAGCAGCGAUGAGUUCCUUACCAGCCAACAAAUAAGCAGCUUUUUCAGUCGCCUUGCUACCCAAAAGAGUUUACUUGACAAGGAUGACACAGAAGAAAAUGAUGACGAAGCCGCGGAGUUCGAGAGUUCCCUUGAGGACCUAACAAAUCAAGUACGGAGGGAAGUUUCAUUACAACAUCCAAUUGUGUUUGACUGUCAUAAUAUGUGUGACCUUGUUAAGCAAGGUAAACUGAACAAAUUUAGCAUAAAAAUGCUGAAGAGAUUGUGCGAGCACUUUGAUUUAGACGUUAGUCAUAUAACAGUCAGACUGAAGAGGCCUUACGUCGACAAACUGACCACGUUUUGCAGCAACUGCUCGUGUCAACAGUAA